CUGACGCCGUUCGACCGCGUCAAGUACGAGCUGGACAAGAAGACGGGCUACCUGCGGGUCGAUCGUCCCAACCGGACGUCGGCGUUCGCCCCGACGUUGUACGGCUUCAUCCCGAAGACGUUCUGCGGCAAGCGGGUGAAGGCCCUCAUGCCGGAAGCGUCGGACGGCGACCGCGACCCGCUCGACAUCUGCGUGAUCAGCGAGCGCGCGAUCACCAACCCCGUGACGAUCGUCAACGCCCGCAUCGUCGGCGGGCUGCCGAUGCUCGACCAGGGCGAGGCGGACGACAAGAUCAUCGCCGUCCUCGAGAACGACCAGAUGUGGAGCGGCGUCAACGACGUGUCGGAGCUUCCGAAGGUCUUGGUCGAUCGCCUGCGGCAUUACUUCAGCGUCUACAAGGCGCUGACCCCCGACGAGGCGGGCCGCGUCAAGAUCGACGCCGCCUACGGCCGCGAGCACGCCGAGCUGCCGACGCCGAAGGUGGCGGGUCCGAUUGAGUACGACCUUAAUGCGGACGACCUGACGGCGUUUAAUCUCGAGCACUACAAGUCGUCUCGAGUCAUUGCUCGACAAUUGCGGUUCACCUUUGUGGUAGCGUUCUGCGUGAUGAUGACGCUUCCCGUCCUGGUCGUGAAGACCUCGGAGGAACCGCUCGUUGACACGCUUCGUGGCAUUUGGCCUCUUCUGCUCGGACCCGUCCUUCUCUUGGCUUUGGGGCCUUGGUACGUCCGGCGUCGUGGUGCGAUGCUUGCCCGGAAAGUGAUGAAAGAGGGGGCGUCGAAGGGUUCCUUCGGCCCUCACCUACUGUCGUGGGACGCGCUUGGACUCAGAGAGCAGAGUCCUCGUGGCGAGACGAUGCGAAAGUGGGAGUCGAUCGAGCGCAUCGCUCGGUCGGAAACGCAUCUCUUUCUCUACACUUCAAGCUUCGAGGCGAUCGUCGUGCCGCUGCGGGCCUUCAGGUCCCAAGCGGAAACGGACGCUUUCGUGAAGGAGGUCGCGGCGCACACGGGAGCGGAACCCGAUUGCUUCGCAGCGGAAUCGCGGUGGGUUACGCUAGACGGCAUGUCCCAAUCAUUUGUCGUCUCUUUUCUGUCUCUUAUCGCCGCAAGUGCGGCGAUAGCCGCGGCGCCAUUCCGCAUCGAUAUCGUCGAUGACCAGAACGGCUGGCCCGUGCCGGCGGUGGAGUUGAAGACGACGCACCAUGUGCGGCUCGUGUCCGACAACGCCGGCGUUAUCGCCUGCGACCUGCCGGAGUUGAUGGGCGUCGAGACGUGGUUCCACAUCGAGGGCCACGGCUACGGCGUCAAGGCGGACGGCUUCGGCUACCGCGGCGUGCGCCUGACGCCGACGCCGGGCGGCAGGGCGAUCGUGAGGGUGCGUCGCGAGCUUCCCGGCAAGCGGCUCGGGCGCCUCACCGGCGCCGGGUUGUUCGCCGAGAGUCAGCGGUUCGGCUGCGAGUCGCGUUGGCGUGAGCAGGGCGUGCUCGGUUGCGACACGGUGUACGUCGCCAAGUAUGGCGACCGGCUCUUCUGGCUGUGGGGCGACACGACGCUCGCCAGGUACCCGCUGGGCAUCUUCGACACGCUCGGCGCGACGACGCGCGGCAACCCUCUGCGGAGCUUCGAGCCGCCGCUGCGGCUGCGCUACGACUACAUCCGCGAUGGGAACGGCCCGAUCCGCGGCAUCGCCCCGAUCGAGGGCGACGGCCCGACUUGGCUGAGCGGUCUGAUCACGCUCAAAGAUAAGCAGGGCGCCGACCGUCUGGUCGCCGCCUACGCCAAGAUCCGCGGCAUGCUCACGGCGUACGAGGUCGGGCUCUGCGAGUGGAACGCGGGCAAGCAGGUCUUCGAGCGGACGAAGGUCGUUUGGAAGAAGGAGAGCGAGUCGGAUAUGCCGCCGCUCUUCCCUGACGGACACGUCGCGCGGUGGACCGACGGCGAUGGCGAGGAGUGGCUGCUGUACGGCGACCCGUUCCCACGCCUCAAGUGCCGAGCAAGCUACGAGGCUUGGUCGGACCCGGCGGCGUGGGAGAAGCUCGAGCCGCAGAAGGUCGUGAAGUCGCGCGACGGCGCCACCGAGGUGACGACCCACGGCGGGUCGAUCGCUUGGAACGCCUACCGGCAGAAGUGGGUCGCCAUCUUCACGCAGUUCGGCGGCGACUCACCUCUGGGCGAAAUCUGGUACGCCGAGAGCGACGCGCCCACCG